AACCUGCGGGUCGCGGGAUAUGAGUUGCGGGUGGUAGAGGUUCUUGUUCUCUCUCUGCCUGUCACUUUCCUAACCUCUUCGCGGCACUCACGGAUGUCCCGGUGUCUCUGGUGCCGCGUAACUGGUGCAAUAAUCGAUUACCGGUGAUUAAAUUCGCGCGUGAACAAUAACAUGAUGUCGCGGUCGGUGCGCGCGGAGACUCGUAGUCGCGCCAAGGACGACAUUAAACGUGUGAUGCAAGUGGUUGAUAAAGUUCGCCAUUGGGAGAAAAAAUGGGUCACAAUAGGAGAAACGACUAUGAAAAUAUAUAAAUGGGUUCCGAUAUCGACACUAGAUCAGAAGAAAAAAGGGAAGACUGGUUCCGACAAGGAGAACGGUUUGCCGAGGAAAGGAGGAAUAGAUUCGUCAAAUUCUAAUUUCGGACUUACAGAAGACUCCAAUACGUGUGAGUUUGGUUUUUUG